GACAUCAUCCAAGCCUACAAGAGUGGCAUAACCCUCCAGGGAAACUCCACUAGUCUGGGCAGGUGGGACUUCAGUGGAUCUUUUUUCUUCUCCAUCUCCACAAUAACAACCAUUGGCUAUGGGAACCUAAGCCCCAGCACUGCAGCUGGUCGAGUCUUCUGCGUCUUCUUUGCAGUUUUUGGGAUCCCCUUGAACCUUGUUCUCUUGAAUUCAAUCGGGCAGCUGAUGCUGUCAGGAGCUCAGCACUGUGCCCAUCACCUAGAGGAGAAGUUUCACUGGCAGAAAAAAGCUACGCUCCUGAUUAGGGUCUGUGCACUGCUAAUUGGCUUGUUACUGUUCCUCCUGCUACCUCCUGUGUUGUUUUCUGCCAAAGAAGGAUGGAGUUAUGAAGAAGGCUUUUAUUAUUCCUUCAUUACCCUAACCACUAUAGGUUUUGGAGAUUAUGUGAUUGGGAUGAACCCAGACCGCACCUAUCCAGGCUGGUACAAGAAUGUAGUUUCUCUGUGGAUCCUCUUUGGGAUGGCCUGGCUAGCACUGCUUAUCAAAUUUUGCAUCAACUUACUAGAAAGCUCCAGUGACUUCUGCCAGUGCAACAAGAAGAGCAAAAAGCUGGUGGAAGACUUAAUGGAUGGCAACAAAAAAACAAUGACGGGACUUGAUGAUAUGGAAAACUGCAAUGGCAAGGACCCAAAACAAAAGAACCAGACUGAAUGGCACAAGCAAACAGUUCCUGCAGAAGCACUUUAGAGAAGAAACAUCCCUUUGAUGUCUCUAAGGUGUUAAUCCACCAGAGGAUACUGCCUAGAAAUGUG